CACGGCAUGAAAGACCAUUUCUACGAUGAAGUCUUCCUCAAGACAGGAAAUCCAUCAUCAGGAACAUGGCACUCAAUAUCUCACUGUUUGCCGCAGGAUCUUUUUGUUUCUUAUCCUCUUGUGCAUAACUUUCACCACCUAUAAAUUUCAGCAGAGGCAAAAGUCAUUCAUCAAUCCUGUCAAUGCUACCAUGAUUCUGGUGUGGCACUGGCCCUUUGGCUAUUCCACCCAACUAAACCCCAACAUCUGCAGUGAAACCUACAGCAUUCCCAACUGCGUCCUGAUGGACAGUCGCUCUUGGUUCCACAGGGCUGACUUUGUAGUCUUCCACAACCGGGAGCUGAUCACGGGCAGCCAGAGGCUGCCGACAGAUCGCCCACGGCCCCACUAUCAGCGUUGGGUCUGGUUCUCGCUGGAGAGCCCUGAGAACAAUGGGAACUUGAGACCAUUUGCGGGUUACUUCAACUACACCAUGUCCUACAACCGGGAUGCCGAUUUCUACACACCAUAUGGAAGGCUUGUGCCAAAGAAGCCGGUGAAGGGUGUGACAGUUGAUGAUUUCAUACCAAAAAAUAAGUCUUCACUGGCAUGUUGGGUUGUGAGCAACUUUUCACCCAGACAUAAGAGAACAUCUGUGUACAAUAAGCUUAAGAAAGUCAUUCAAGUGGAUGUAUACGGGGAUCCAUUUAAUAAGUAUCUGAAUCAAAACAGUCUGCUCCCCACAAUCUCCCGUUGCUAUUUCUACCUGUCUUUUGAGAACUCUCAGUUCAAGGACUACAUCACUGAGAAGUUCUGGAGGAAUGCCCUGUUGGGUGGCGCCGUGCCAGUGGUUUUGGGGGCGACCCGGGCGCACUACGAGGCAGUAGCACCAAAAGGGUCCUUCAUCCACGUAAACGACUUCAGUUCUGUGGAGGAACUGGGAAAGUACCUGACGGACCUGGCUGAGGAUAAAGAACGCUACGCCUCAUACUUUACCUGGCACCUGAAUUACACCAUUCAGGUUGGUGGCACCUGGGAGCACAGGAUGUGUUCAAUUUGCACCAUGACUGACAGCCUGCAACCUAAACAGGUCUAUAAGGACCUGCAGGCUUGGGAGUGGAGUAAAUGAUUAAAUCAAUACAGUUAUAUCAAAACAGAGUGAAAGCACCAAUCACAUAUUUUUGCUCUUAAUAUGAUUUUAUAUCAAUAUAUUUCUUACAGUUAUGAUAUGGUUUUA